AUGCCUCUCGCCGUCCCCAAUCUCAACCCGGUGCGCUUGCGCUCCUAUGUCUUGCGUCUGCCGCUGUGCACCCGCAUCGUUCUGCUCAUCAUUGUCGCUCUGAGCGUCGCCACCACCAUCUCGCCCGCCCUGCGUCAGAAAACUGCCCUGAUUCCCGACCAGGUCUCCAUAACCGCCGCGUUUCGUCUGAACACCUUCCCGGUGACCCACGUCGGCAUCAUCCACACUCUCUUCAAUCUACUCGCCAUCACGCCGCUGCUCGAACGAUUUGAAGCCGAACAUGGCACCCUCGUGUCUCUUGCCCUGUUUUCCGGCCCCUUUGCGACUCUGCCCGGCAUAAUAUACAUAAUCAUUGAGCGAGGCAUCUUGAGAGGAAAUACGCCGGUCCAAGGCGCGAGUGUCUGGGUCUUUCUUCUCCUCGCCGCCGAGGCGAUGAAAACACACAGGGCGAACCCCUUUUUCAGCCUUGGGCCGUACAAGAUUCCCACGUGGACCACGCCUCUUAUCUUUAUCCUUCUGACCAGCUUCCUGGUUCCCAACACGAGCCUGGUCGGCCAUCUCUGCGGCGCCUUGAUCGGCUACCUCUGGGGUCUGAACUACAUCAAGUUCCUGGCACCGCCGGAGAAGAUCCUCCGGUGGAUCGAGAACAAACUCAACUUGCUGGUGCGACUACCGCACUACGUUUCGGUCGACCGGUCCACUUUCGGGCGCUACGGCGUUCUGCCUUCGACCACUCCGUUGGCGACACUGCCCACGGGUGUGGCUGCUCCCUGA